CACAGAGCUCAGGCACCACUUCCCUCUCGCCACCACCGCCAUGGAACCGCAAAACCAAAUCCUCCUCGGGAAAUACGAACUCGGUCGCCGUCUCGGCAGCGGAAGCUUCGCCAAAGUCCAUCUAGCACGCUCCAUCGCAACCAACGACCUCGUCGCCGUCAAAAUCAUCGACAAGAAGAAGACAAUCGACUCCAACAUGGAGCCGAGGAUCAUCCGGGAGAUAGACGCGAUGCGUCGUCUCCGCGACCAUCCAAACAUCCUCCAGAUCCACGAAGUCAUGGCCACCAGAUCCAAGAUCUACCUCGUCAUGGAACUCGCCGCCGGCGGCGAGCUUUUCUCCAAACUCCUCCGCCGCGGCCGUCUCCCCGAAUCCACCGCCCGCCGCUACUUCCAGCAGCUCGCCUCCGCGCUCAGCUUCUCCCACCGCGACGGCGUCGCUCACCGCGACGUGAAGCCGCAGAACCUCCUCUUAGACAGCGAAGGGAACCUCAAGGUCUCCGACUUCGGCUUAUCCGCCUUGCCGGAGCAUCUCCGAGACGGAUUGCUCCACACGGCGUGCGGUACGCCGGCGUACACGGCUCCCGAGGUUAUAUCGCGGCGGGGAUACGACGGAGCGAAGGCUGACGCGUGGUCCUGCGGCGUGAUUCUGUUCGUCCUCCUCGUCGGUGAAGUUCCGUUCGACGACUCGAAUAUCGCCUCGAUGUAUCGGAAGAUUCAGCGGAGGGAUUACAAGUUCCCGAGCUGGAUCUCGAAGCAAGCGAAGUCGGUUAUAUACCAGAUGCUUGAUCCCAAUCCUGUGACGAGGAUGAGUAUCGAGGCGGUUAUGAAAACCGGGUGGUUUAAUAAAGGCUUAGAUGCUUCUGUUAUUAAUUUAUGCGAACCGGAACCGGUUAUGGAGAAGUUGAGUUCGAUCACCGCUUUUGAUUUGAUCUCGCUUUCCUCGGGGUUGGAUCUAUCCGGUUUGUUUGAGAGUAAGAAGAAGAGAGAGAGGAGGUUCACGGCGAAGGUUUCGGCCGUGGAGGUGGAGGAGGAAGCGAAGGUGAUUGGGGAGAGGUUGGGUUAUACGGUGAGGAAGACGAAGAAGGAAGUUGUGUUGGGAAGUGGAAGGACGGCGAUUGUUGUGGAGGCGGUGGAGUUAGCUGUGGGUGUUGUGGUGGUUGAUGUGAAAGUUGUUGACGGAGAAGAAGGAGAUUCACGGUGGUCCGAUUUGAUAACGGAGUUUGAAGUUGUAGUUCUCUCGUGGCACAGUGACGUCAUGUAAAUAUUUUGUGACGUGUAGUUUUUUUUUGCUUUUUUGUUCAGUUUUGUUAUAAGUGACGUCAUAAGGAAUUUCAGAAACGGCUUCAGAAUCUUUGUCAUCAUUGAUCUUUCGUUGUACAUGUUGAUCAUACAGUUUGUGAUGUAUAUACUUCGCGUCUUGUUACACGAUUCAAGAAAAUGUAUAUGGUUUAUAUAUAACUCAACUAUCUCUUCCA